CUAUUUAUAAACUGGCAACAUUUUUCUUAACAGGUGUCACAAUUGUCAAUCUUGCGGAAACGAUUCUUUUCGUAGGUCUUUUCCACAGUGAAGACGUUUUGAGGACGUCAUGCCAUUCGCAAGGUUUGUAGAACCAGGGCGUGUUGCCCUGGUGGCCGACGGUCCCUUGAAGGGAAAGCUUGUCAGUGUGGUCGACGUCAUUGACCAGACCCGCGCGCUUGUUGACGGUCCCGGCAGCGGUGUCGCCCGCCAGCAGAUCCGCCUGAACCAACUGCACCUUACAAAAUUCCGUCUCAGCUACCCAUUCACAGCCCCCACACGUGUUGUAAGGAAAGCGUGGACAGACGCCAAACUGAAUGAGAAAUGGGCUGAAAGCCAGUGGGCACAGAAGCUCGCCAACAAGGAAAGGCGCGCACAGAUGACAGACUACGACAGAUUCAAGCUCACAGCAGCCCGCGUGAAGAGGAAUCGCGCGAGAACAGCGGUGUUCAAGAGCAUGAAGGUUAAGGCGGCGCGCGCCGGCACCUUCGGCAAGAAGAAGAUCCCCAAGACUCCUGCUAAGAAGCAGCGCACCAAGAAGCCCGCCCAGAAGAAGCCGGCUAAGAAGUAAUUCUUUGUGUCUGAAAGUUACAGUGUAAGGA